AUGGAUAUUGGUGGCCUGACAACAGUCAACUCUGGGUCCAUUCGGGACAAGAAGUACAGCUCUCUGUUGAAGCUGCCUGAUAUCACAGUGUGUGAGGGUCUGCGUGAGACUUUAGACCUGGGUUUCCAGAUGGUAUGUGUGGAACAGCCAAUCGGCGAACGUCUCUUCCAGGAGUUCCUCGACUCCAACAAUGCGUAUAAACCUCCCUGCCAUCUCUGGAGGGAUAUCAAGGAGUACAACAUGGCGGAGGAUGAGGAUCGUGUGAACAAAGCAAGUGAGAUCUUAUCCCGGUACAUGGAGCCUGAUGCCAAGUAUUUUUGCUCCUUCCUGCCGGAAAAUGACAUCGCAAAGGUCAAAGAGCAACACCAAAAUGCUCGGGAUGAUCUUUUCACUGAAAUCAUGGACAAUGUGAUGGACUUUCUUAAGGAAGCGCCAUACACUUUUUUCCUGGAGAGUAUGUACCUGAAAAGAUUCCUGCAGUGGAAGUGGCUGGAGAUGCAGCCAAUGGGAGAGGAUUGGUUCUUAGAUUUCCAUGUGUUGGGGAAAGGAGGAUUUGGGGAAGUGUCUGCCUGUCAGAUGAAGGCCACAGGCAAAAUGUAUGCCUGCAAAAAGCUCAACAAGAAGAGACUGAAAAAGAGAAGAGGCUAUGAGGGGGCGAUAGUGGAGAAGAGGAUCCUGGCUCGGGUUCACAGCAGGUUUAUUGUCUCCUUGGCGUAUGCUUUCCAAUCAAAAACAGAACUGUGUCUGAUAAUGACCAUCAUGAAUGGAGGAGACCUGAGGUAUCACAUCUAUAAUGUGGAUGAGGACAACCCAGGGUUUGAAGAGCCACGCUCCUGCUACUAUGCAGCUCAGAUCAUCCAAGGUCUGGAGCACCUGCACCAGAAGAGGAUCAUCUACAGAGACCUGAAACCAGAGAAUGUGCUGCUAGAUAAUCAAGGUAACGUCCGCAUCUCUGACCUUGGUCUGGCCGUAGAACUUGCAGACAAUCAAUUCAAGAUCAAGGGCUAUGCUGGAACUCCAGGCUUCAUGGCUCCAGAGCUGCUGAGAGGAGAAGAGUAUGACCACUCUGUGGAUUAUUUUGCUCUUGGAGUCACUCUGUAUGAGUUUAUGGCAGCGGAUGGGCCAUUUAGGACUCGAGGAGAAAAGGUGGAGAACAAGGUGUUGAAGAAGCGGAUCCUGAACGACAUAGUAAAGUAUCCAGAGAAGUUCAGUGAAAACGCCCUUUCCAUCUGUGAGGGUCUCCUGUGCAAAGAGGUCGACAACAGGCUCAGAUUCAAGAAUGGAUCCUGUGAUGAGUUCAGGAUGCAUCCUUUCUUCAGCGGCAUCAACUGGAGGAAACUGAAUGCAGGAAUCCUUCCACCACCAUUCGUGCCGGACUCUAAAAUAGUUCAUACUAAGGACAUUGAUGCUGUCGGGGCCUUCUCCACUGUUAAAGGUGUGCAGCUGGAUGAGCAGGACAAUGUGUUUUUUGAUGAGUUUGCCUCAGGGAACAUCUCCAUCUCAUGGCAGGAGGAGAUGAUUGAGACAGGCAUCUAUGCUGAACUUACAGUCUGGGGUCCAGAUGGAACUUUGCCCAGUGACCUGCGGCGUGAAUCCACCCUGGAGCAGCUGCCAAAGUCCUCCACCUGUAUGCUGUCAUGA